AUGUCGGCCGGCGGUACCGCAGCCACAGCCACAGCCACAACGGCAUCGGCGGCGGCCCCACCACCACAACCACCACUCUCCUCCUCCUCUUCUUUUUCUUCGUCUGACGUACAUGGCCUGGCCCGCGCAAGCAGCGGACUGCCAUCCUCGUCGUCGUCGUCGCUACAGCACAUCCUGCCCCGCACAGAGGACCAUGACGAUGCCCGGAACCCAUCCAGACCCUCCUCGCCUUCGCCCGCCUCGCCGCGAGCAAACAAGCCGAGCGGAUCCAACACCGCCGCUACAGCCAACGCCCCUUCUUCUUCGUCCAAGGAGUCGUCUCGUCUGCCGGCGUGCGAGGCAUGCCGCUCGCGCAAGAUCAAGUGCGACGCCCUCGUACCCGCCUGCACACCCUGCAGGAAGGCGCAACGCGAGUGCGUCGGCCGCGACAAGACCUCGAGCGUCUCCAGGGGCCUCAUCUGGGAGCUUCAGGAAAAGGUGCGCGAGCUCGAGCAGAAGCUCUCUUCGGCAUCGACGUCGACUUCGGCCCCACAGCCACCAGCAUCCCUUCACCACUCGGCCAGCUACGAUGCCACCCUCCAUCGUCACCCGGACCGCCGUGGCUCCCUCUCGCAGUCCCACCAUGAUUUGGCCGCGCAUUCCUCGUCAUCCUCCAUGCCCCCCUCCGCGAACGCUGCGACAAGCUCCGGCAGGACGGCCAAGCGGAGAAAGACGGACAGCCACGCCGACGACGGCACCGCCGAUGACAGCGACGCCCGAGAAGACCGCGGCCGACUGUCGUCCCAGGACCCGCCGCCCCUCUCUCCUUCGCUUCAGCCGUCGCCCAACGACCUCAUACAAGAGACCUCGACCAUCUUCGAGACGCUCUCGUCCAACCUCCCCGCUGCUGCACGGCCACGCGACCGGCGUAGACCCUUGGCCAGUGCCAACGCAAGUGCCGCUCACGAUGUGGAUCGCGCGGGAACAGGGUCGUCGAGAGCGUCCGGACAGCCUGGCUACGCCGCCGACCCUUCAGCUCCGCAUGCUUCCCGACAUCCGCAAGCCGGCCUUGACGAUGCCGGACGCACGUCGCGGCGGAUGACCGGAUCGAAAUCGGCCGCCUCGACCUUCAACAUCAGCACCUACGACCGCGGCUUCAUCGACCGGCUGGUCAAGCGCUACAUUGUCUACAUGAAUGGGGCACUGCCGGUCAUCAACGAGGUGCGGCUGCGCGAGAUGACCGACCGAAUCUACCGCGCCGACCUCGAGCUCCGCCUCGCCGGACGGGCGGCCACGCGCAGCUCUUCUCCCAAGCCGGCCGAGCGGUACACGGUCUUGAUGGCACUGGCCAUCGCCUUGGCCUCGCUUUCGCGCUCCCACCACUUCAGCUCCGAGCUCAAGCGGCUCGGCAACAAGCUCUGGAGCGAAGCGCAGAGGCUGAUGCCCGAGUUCAGCAAGGUGGCCGACCUGGACAAGCUGCGCGCCAUUCUGCUGCAGCUCCUCUACGCCUUCCUCAUACCCAAGUCGGGCAGCGUGUGGGAGCUUUCGGGCGCGGCGAUGCGUCUCAUCACCGAGCUCAACCUGCACUUUGACCGCGAGGCCGACUCGGUCACGCACCAAAAGUACGAUGCCGAGAUGCUCGACACGCGGCGCCGGCUCUUCUGGACGGCCUACUGCCUUGACCGCAGCCUCGCCGUCGCCCUCGGCCGUCCGCCAGGCCUGUCGGAUGCAUGGAUCCACGUCCAGCUGCCCAGCCUGCGCUCGGAUCACGACCUGAUCCAGCAGGGCCCCGCUUCGGGCAAUGCCUCCGCCGUCCAUCUGAGCAACGGCAACGUCGACCGGCUCAAGCAGUCCUACCGCUCCCACAUUGCGCUGCGCCGCAUCCAGUCCGAGAUCCACUGCCGCCUCCACAGCGUCAACCCACGCGACUACUCGCUCGACCACGACGGCAUCAGCCUUUCGCAGCCUCUGCCUCCCGACCGCAACCUGGCCUCGAUGAUGGAGUACGGGCCGCCGACGCCCAACGUGGCGUGGCAGGAGAGGAUGGUCAAGAAGCUGCAGGAUUGGCGUGCCGGAUGCGCCGCCUGCACCAACGAUGCCGGCAGCAGCAGCUUCGGCGGAGGCGCAGGUGUCCACGGGGGGAGCAGCGGCGGCGGCGGUGUCGGCGGCGGCGGCAUCAGCAGCUUCAACGACCUCUCCGUCGAGGCCAUCCCCUUUGUGACGACCGAGUGGAUGGAGCUCAAUUAUAACCUGACGCUAAGCCUCCUCUUCCGCCCUUCGCCCAAUAACCCGCGGCCCGACCAGCAGGGCCUGCGGCGCGCCUUUGUCGCCUCGGGCGAGGUGAUGAAGCUCUACAAGCUGAUGCAUCGCACCUCGAAGAUCAACUUUCCGUGGCUGGCGACGCACAACCUCUUCAUCUCGGGCCUCACCUACCUCAACUCGCUCGAGAAGCUGGCGCGGCAGGGGCUCAGCAACCCGACGUCGCUCGUCGACAUCAUCUUCAAUGUCCAGAGCUGCACGUCGGUUCUCGAGGCGCUGACGUCGCUCGAGGACGGGUACAAUACACGGGUGCGCGACACGUUCGACACCGCGGCGGCCGCGGUGCUCAAGAUCAUCCUGGAGCCUUCUCGGGGCGGCAGCGGCGGCGCCAAUGGCGGAACCGUGCUUGAGUCGACGGUGUCCGGUUCUCUGACGCCGAUGCCGAAUCCGUUGAGGGCGAUGAUGGGCGGCACGACGGGCCAUGGCGGCUUCAGCACCAGCGGCGGCGGCGGCGGCGGCGGCAGCAACAGCAGUAGCGGCAACAGCAGCGGUGCCGGUGCAGCUGGACUCGGCAGCGGGGCUGGCGGCAGCAACAGCGGCGGCGGCGGUGCCCUCAUGAUGGCGGCAACAACAUCCGGCGGCGGCUUCGACUCUUCGCUCCGCAGCGCGAGGCAGGGCAGCCCGGCUCUGCGUACCUUCCCCACUUCGUCGGCUCCCAACAGCUUCAUGAGCCCGACGUGGCUGUCGGACGCCACGUGGAACACGGUGGCAGCGUCCAACUCUGCUCCGCCUGGCUCGACGAUCCUCGUGGCCGCACCCCCUCGCAACGUGUACUCGCAGCUGCAGCGGCCCACGUCCUCGCUGUCGUCGGCAAUUCACUCGGCACCGGCAAUCUCGCAGCAGCGCACCACGGCGCAGGGCUCGCCGCCUCUAGCGCCGACCACAAGCUACGGGCAGGCGCAGCAAGAUGGAUUCUCGGUGGGCGGCGCAGGCAGCCACCAUGCCUUUUCUGGCAUGGCUGCGCUGAGCCCCGUCGUGCUCGGGUCCAUCUCUCCCUCGACGGUGCAGCGCAACGGGCAGGACGGCCACGGCGGCGGCGGCAUUGGCACGUACAGCGGCAACGGUGGAGGCGGCUCGAACGGCGUCACGACGGACGGCAACCAGACCAACGGCUCGCAGAACGGAGGCGGCGGGACGAGCGACACCGGCCCCACGUUUGGCUUCCACAACUGGCUUUUGCAGCCGUACGAGGGCGGAGGAUGGGGCCUGGACUCGACAUCCGGGUUCCUGGGAGGAGGCGGCAGUGGAGCAUUUGAUCCCUCCAUCUCCCCCUCGUCUUCGACGCGCGGCGGCGGCGGCGGCGGCAGCGGCGGAGGAGGAGGGUUGGGCAACCCCUUCUUCAACGACGGCAGCAGCGCCGCCGGAGGAGGGCUGGGCAACUUUUCCGAUGGCACUCCAAGCGUCUCUGGCGCGGCGGACGGGGCGGCGGGCGGGUACGAUUUCAGCUCGGUCUUUGAGGCUGCCACCAGCGGCGCUGCGGGGGUCGACGAGGCCGAGCGGCGACGGCUCAAGGCCGAACCGGCCAACGGUGGCGGUGGGGGCGGUGGCGGAGACUCGCAUCGUCGGGGAUCGUUUAAGCUGCCGGAUGGCGAGGGGCAGCAGCAGCGCGACGACGGUGCCCACUCUACGGGCGGAGGAGGAGGGGGAGGGGAGACGAGGACGCAGCACCAGCAGGAUACGUCGUUCCUGGAGAUGCUGGCCGACGUCUCGCGGUCGCUGUGA